AUGAAUGAAGCAGACGUGGACAUGCUCCGCGAGGAGCGGGACGCUUCCCCACGCCGCUUCUCCAAUUGGGAUCCCCACGACAGCUUCUUCCAGCGCUAUCACCGCCUCAGCCCCGAAGAAAAGGAUAAACUUCAUCGGUCCAUGCCAGGCGAUGACAAUGAUCGGCCCCCAAGCUCUUCCGCUGCCUCAUCCUCGUCCGCCCCCUCAGUCCGCUUGGAAGCAAUCCGGACCGCCAAUAUGAGCAGAACGGCUACCAACCGCAUCAACCACCAAGAAUCCCAUCCACAUGCUCUUGAUCGCAUCGAGACCCAUCGAACCCAGCACUCGGGAACUGUGGGUGCCAUCAAGUCCCGGAAGUCAAGCCAGAAGGAAAUCCCAGCCAUGGGAGCUGGUAAGCCGUAUCCUCCCAUGUUGCCAGAGAUGGAAGAGUACGUCGUGGAGUUUGAUGGCUUCGAUGAUCCGAGGCACGCUCAGAAUUGGCCAUUGAGAAAGAAACUCCUUAUCGGUGUCAUCCUUGCUUACGAUGCACUCGCGGCCACAAUGGGGAGCAGCAUCUUCUCAUCCGGCAUUUCAGGAGUCGUAAGCACCUUUCACGUCGGGGAGGAGGUCGGUACCUUGGGAACAUCGCUUUUCGUGCUAGGUUACGCGUUUGGCCCUAUCAUGUGGGCACCGAUGUCGGAACUCUAUGGCCGACGUCUGCCUCUUGUCAUAGCGGCUUUCGGCUUCUCCGUGUUCGCUAUUGGCGUCGCCGUAGCAAAAGAUGUUCAGACAGUCAUGAUCUGUCGAUUCUUCGACGGCUUAUUCGGCUCGUGCCCUCUAGCUGUGGUUGCCGCAGCAUUCGCGGACAUGUUCGACAACAAGACCCGUGGCUUGGCCGUCGCGGUCUUCUCAGCAACCGUCUUCAUGGGUCCAUUGCUCGCCCCAUUCAUUGGGGGGUUCAUAACCAUCUCCUACCUAGGCUGGAGGUGGACCGAGUACAUCUCCGCCAUCAUGGGCUUCUCCGCUUUCGCUCUCAUCACCAUUUUCCUGCCAGAGACCUACCCACCAAUCAUUUUGGUAAACAAGGCCCAAGAUUUGCGUCGGGCCACCAAGAACUGGGGCAUCCACGCCAAGCAAGAGGAAAUUGAAGUCGACUUCAAAGAAUUGAUCACCAAGAACGUCUCACGUCCAAUGCGGAUCCUUUUUCAAGAGCCUAUCGUACUGCUCAUCACCCUCUACAUGUCCUUCAUCUACGGCCUGCUCUACCUUUUCCUAACAGCCUACGCCCUUGUUUUCCAGGGCCAGUACGGUUUUAACGAAGGUGUAGGUGGCCUCUGUUACUUUGGUAUGGUUGCCGGAGAAAUCAUUGCCUUCAUCGUCGUAGUGAUUAUGAAUCCCUCGUAUGCGCGCAAACUCGAAGCGAACAACAACAUCCCCGUACCAGAAUGGCGUCUACCUAUUUCCAUAGUUGGGGGUGUUCUUUUCGCGGGUGGACUCUUCUGGUUCGGAUGGACUGGAUUCGAAGGCGACAAAAUCCCAUGGAUCGUACCCACACUUUCAGGUCUCUUCACUGGUUUCGGCAUCUUCACCAUCUUCCUCUCCUUGCUCAACUACAUCGUCGACGCCUAUCUCAUGUUCGCCGCCUCCGCCCUGGCAGCAAACACCUUCCUUCGAUCUGGCUUCGGUGCUGUCUUCCCGCUGUUCGCGACCUACAUGUUUGACGGAAUGGGUAUACAGUGGGCUGCGACACUCCUGGGCUGUGUGGCACUGGCGCUAGUCCCACUGCCGAUUGUGUUCCUUCUUUACGGUAAGAAGAUCAGAGCCAAGAGCCACUUUGCACCAGCGCCGGAUCUUCAGCAGGAUAAAAGGAGAGACGAGGAGGCGCGUGGUGUUCCUGACAGCGAUGGUAGCGUGCCAAGUGAGGAGGCUGAGAAGAAAGAUGCCUAG